AUGGGAGACCGCACGGUCCAUGUUGGCAAUCUCGAGACGUUCGUGAACGAGAGCACGCUCUACCUGCUCUUCUCGCAGUUCGGCACUGUCACCAACGUUCGCCUCGCUGGUGACCCGAAGAUGCAGACACGGUACGCGUUUGUGGAGUUUAACGAUUCCGUUAUGGCGCACGCAGCGUGCUUGCUUGACGGUCUGCAGGUCGGCUCGCGCAAUCUCCGCGUCUCGCUCUCCAAGCCAUACGCCGGGAAAGGAGCAGCGUCAGCAGCGGUGCAGAACCCCUUAGCUGCGCUGAUGGGCGGCGCGGGAUUGGCAGCGACACCCGCCGUCAGCGCGCCUCGGAAACGGUCCACCGUGGAGGAUCAAGAGCGCAUUUCGCGGACCAUCCACGUUCGCAAUGUCGAUAUCCAGAUCACGGAGGCGAUGCUCGUGGAGUAUUUCGGCGUGUGCGGCACCGUGACGGCCGCGCGCACGGCGGGCACGGGCAACCCGCGCACGGCGUGGAUCGAGUUCGCCGCGCAGCAGUCCGCGCUCGCCGCGCUCUCGCUGGACGGCCAAGUCCUCGCCGGGCAGACCUUGAGAAUCUCCCCCAGCAAGUCCGCCAUUCAGACCAACGCGCUGUCGCAGCGCAACGCGCCGCCGGCGGCGCUGCCGACCAUGACGCCAGCCAUGAUGAUGGCGGCCGUCGCCGCUCCGCAGAACAUCGUCAAAGUGCAGGGCAUCCCCGCUAAGGCCUCGGAAGCGGACGUGCGCGCGCUCGUGGAGGGGCGCUGCGGCCACGUGCGCUCGCUGAUCAUCGUGCCCGUGCCAGGCCCGCCGCCUGAGGAGCCGAGCAAGGAGAAGGGAGAGAAGGGCGAGGAGGGGGGCGACGGCGACGAGGGUUACAAGGGCCCGACGAAAAUGGCGACGGUGGAGGUGGAGGAUGCAGGCGCGGUGGCGAAGGCGCUAGAGCUGAACGGCACCAAGUUCAUGGGCGCCACCAUCUCGUACGCACAGGCACAGACGCCACAGCAGCAGCUGCAGCAUCGGCAGACGACGACCGAAAAGACUCUCACGGGUCGCACAAGCGUUCGGCGGAUGACAAAGAGGGGGGAGAGAAGCGUGCACGCCAUGACUAACCAGCCAUGUGAACAUCCCAAGGGUUCGUCUGCGGACCUGGACAACUUUGCCUUGCCUUGCCCUCUCUCUCCCCAUGGCUACUACCAUCUCAAAAGUCUUACACUGCCUGUUGGUCCACAGCCUGGGGCGUGUCAGGUGAUCACCACCUACUAA